AUGUCGAGCAAAAACCGGCGGCUGCGGUCCUCUUCAGUCUCCUUCGGGGCCGGCUCAAUCCCAAGACCGAGCUGCGACCAGGAGUCCCGCCAUGUCAUGCGUCGCCGCUCGUCGUCUCCGCGGGUCUUCUCGCCCUGGCGACGCGCCGACAGCGUCAUGGAGAGGAUUAUGAACCCGUUCCUGGACCGCGAGUCGCCGUCCCAAUGGCAUCGCUACAAGCCCGUGUCGACUUUGCCUGAGCUGCAACCUGCACCUGAUGUGCCAGUUCCAGAGUCAUCUGAGACUGCUGCUCGACAUACACAGCUAACAGCCCCAGAGAAGGCUCAGCCCACAUAUAAAAAAUCACCGGCCUUCCAUGGUGGACUGCAUUCAUCCUAUGUGGCCGACUACCCAAGAGGACUGCACGGCUUGUUCGUGUUGGUGCAGAGUCCGCUGCUGCUGAUCGCUAUUGGCAUAUUCGCUGGCAGCGUGGGACUCGCGAUCGACGUGUGGGGUGUCGAGAUCGCGCGGUAUCACGAGUGGCUUGGCGACCAAGGCUUCGGACUGUUUGUGAUGUCUGCGUUGCUGGCUGGCGGCUUCUCGGCGAUUUUGACACAGUGCGUGUGCCCACAAGCAGCAGGAUCUGGUCUGCCGUUCAUGAGAGUCGCGAUCUCGGGCAUCGACAUGAGCACUUAUCUGUCCCUCCGCUGCGUUGCUGCCAAGAUAGUUGGUUUAAUUGCUGCUUUGGGUGCAGGUCUGUCCAUUGGUAAGGAAGGCCCCUUCAUCAUGAUUUCCUGUGGGUUUGCCAGUGUGCUUAUGAACUGGCGUCCUUUUCGCCGCAUUCGUGACGACGACACCAAGCGUCUCGAGAUGCUGGCUUGUGCAUGUGCUGCUGGUGUUGCUGCUACCUUCGGCUCUCCGUUUGGAGGUGUGCUGUUCGGUGUAGAAGUGACCUCGCACUUCUAUCUCGUCCGGACAUUGCCGCGCUCUUUCUUCGCAGCCAUCGUAGGCGCUCUGCUCGUGGACUUUGGUGCUGAAAACACGCGCUACGGACUUUUUGGCAACCGCAGUAUGGGUAUUUCUGCUGACACAGACGCUGUGAACGGAAGUGGAGGGGCCACUUUCGUCGAUCUCUGUAUUUUCUCGCUAAUGGGCGUCGUCUGCGGUCUUGGAGGUGCGUUUUUCAAUUACAGCUUGUCGAUCCUUGUGCGAGCACGUGAUCAUAUCUUCGAGGCCUCCCCAUUUGCGCCACCUCGUCGUGCCUGGUGGAACGCGCUUGGCAAAAGGUUGGGGCUGGUGCUAGCUGUAAUAAUGCUCUCCUGCUGGCUGGAAUUUUACGGUGACAGCGCGUGGUUUCUGAGGCACGGCUCGCCUCGGCGUAUUCUUGACGCGCUUUUCUCGAAGGACAAGCAAGUCUUUGUCGCUGACGGGGCUCCAGACAGCACGGAAGAGGACAGUUUGCAGCUUUCAAGAUCUUUGGUGACGUUCUUACCACUCAAGUUCGUGCUGACACUCAUUAGCAUCGUGCUUCCCGUGCCGGCCGGUUUGUUUACCCCCACGUUCGUCAUCGGAGGAAUCUUCGGCCGUCUUGUUGGCGAGGCAGUGCGUGCUUUUGGUCUCUGGCAUACUCAUUACGAGCCAUUUGAGUUCGCUAUCAUCGGUGCUGGGGCAUUUUCUUCGGGUGUAACCCACGCCGUCUCCACUGCUGCGAUCAUCAUGGAGAUCUCACACACAGAUGGUCUUAACUUGCCCGUUUCUGUGGCCAUUUUGGCGGCAUACUUCACUGCCAAACGAUUUACUGAGAACGUGUACGACGUGCUGAUCGUGACAAGUCAUCUACCUCGGCUGAAAAAGCUGCCGAAGGCUGCGUGUGACAUCCCAGCCUGGGAAGUGAUGAAGGACGUCGCUGAAAUGGGCGUUCUGUCUGCUGAUUCGACUUACGAAGACGCGUUGGCUCUGCUCAAAGGUUCUGACAUGGAGCCAGUAUUCCCAAUCGUGGACUCGCUGGAGAAUCGUUUUCUUUUGGCCACAGUCACGCGCUCUCGGCUGGCUUAUGCCGUAUCGCGCUGUCAACGCCAAGGCGCGACACCCAUCCCGUUCACACCUAUCAAUUACUUUCAAUCGACAAACGUUGAGGCAGCAGCUACAGCUUCAACGUCAUUACUUUACCUGAGCACUCCGCGGUCAGUUACCCCUUCUGUGACGCAGACAUUAGGCUUCGAAUCGAGCAUUGGUGCCCCACUACCAGUAGUCCGCGCUGCGUAUGGGGCGAUGGACUCGAUACCGCAAAAUCAUAUUGACGAGUCCGAUGACGAGGAAGCUGAAGAUGACCUGGAUGAGCCUCCUGUGCAGCUGCUGAGCGCACCGAUCCACUUUGCGUUCAGGCGCGGUGGAAAGAUUAUGGACUGGGGCACAAACGAGGCGUGCGAGUCUUCCAAGCUGACGGUGUUGAUAGACCCGUCGCCGUUUCAGCUGAUGGAGAUGACGCCGAUGCGGCGAGUGGACAUGCUGUUCCGUAUGCUGAAGCUUAACAACGUGUUCGUGGCGCGCUCCGGUAAGCUAAUGGGCGUCAUUAGUCUCGGGCGCAUGAUGACAUUCCUGGGCACCACGACACCCUAUCAGGCACCUGGCCUGGUGCGUACACUCAAGAACUUCUGGUCCAAGACGUAA